AUGCCGGACGGCACGAAGAGCAAGUCGCCUUUAUUGAAAUCGCUUUCCUCCAAGGACUUGCUUCGUCGAAGUGCGCAUCGAAACGGGUUCCUGACAGUCGACAACUCUGCUGCACAUGAAAAGGAUGAUGCGAAUGAAGCAGCUCAUGAAGCAGAAGAACAUCUACUGCAGGACUUGGACAAUAUUUUGAACAAGAAACUUCAUCUGGGGGAAUCAAGCCCCAGUAGCAGCAGUUUGCGAGGAUCUCCUAUUAGUUUAUCUCCUCCAAGAUCGCCCGGUGAGCGGGCUGACAAUGAAGCACAGUCUAACGGGUUGGACCCAGAUGCACAGCAGGAAGAGGAGGACGGCGAGGAAUUUGCUAACGUCGAUGAAAUAGAUGGUCCAAUCUCCCCCUCCUCCAGUACCGGAAGUCUGCGAGAUCUUGCUAGAAGCCAUCUCCACAAGACUGUGGACGACAGCCUGGGUCACGACAUUGACUACAAUCUUCCUGUCGAUAAAGACUACCAAAAUCAACUUGACAGACGAGCCGAAGAGCUUGGGAAUGAUCUCUGCAUACAUCAACCGUCGAAAGCAACCUUGCAAUGGUCGAUGCAAGACUUUUACUCACUCCACGAGGAGCUUCCAGACUGGUUUUCUCACGCCGACUAUAGGUAUUUGGGCUCUUUCAAAAUGAGCUUCGAAAAACGUUACGAUGCUGCAAAAUUCCUCAAAGAUUCUGCCUACGCUGAGGAUAUUGUCUGUCAACUUAUUCAACGAGCAGCUACGAACCCGUCAGAAACGCGGACAUUUCAGUCAUUAGCAUACGUAUCCAUGGGGCUUUAUGGUGAUCAAGAAUCUAAUCAAAACCACAUCAGCAGCAUCCGAUAUGCAAAUACUUUAUUAAUGCCGUUCAUGUCAACCAUAAUCGAAUCAUUCAUCAUCCACGCCUCCUUGUGUCGGGAUAGCCAGGAUCACUUGAGACAUCACACGGAUCUGUUGCUUCUGUCGAGUUCGAUACUGUUUUUUGUCGUCAACGUAACCAUUGAAGGUAGGGAAAAUCGCAUUUUGGAAUCUGCUACAGAAGCUGUCAUCCAAGAGAUCAGCAGGGCAAACCUGCUUGAAUUUACUGUCAAAUACAUCGAGCACUGGCGCUGGUGCAGUAGAUUGAGUAUGAGGAUCAGAAAUGUGAUCAUUUUGUUACAUCGGCUAUCGCUGCUCCAGUUUGGCGACAUGAAGCGGUAUAACAAGGUCAAGAAAUAUGUUCGUCGAAAACACAAUUGCAACAACGAGAGCAAUCGACCAAAUAAACUUGCCAUAAGCCCUCUAGAUUAUCAUGCCUUCCGAGAAGACAUUUCAGCUCGGUUCCCCACCUUUCUGCCCCCACCAUCAGAUAUUCCUGCUAGCUUUGACAACUCCAACUCCCUUUCUCAGUUUUUGGAGAUUCCAAGACCAAAAUCCAAGAGCACUCUGAAUCUAAACACGGAACCACCCGAGUACCACAUUGCCACACCGAUGCCAUCACCAUCUUCCUCUCCGGCUCAGCGCGAAAGAGGUUACCCCAAGUCCCGAAAAUCGUUCCAAACUAACCUAGCAUAUCCCUCCAUGUACCCAUCUGAAGCGGACGACAGUUCCGACGAUGUCCUCUCAGAAAGAUUACUCCUGCCAGAGGACGCCAAAGCCGUUGAAGAUGUCCCUUAUAGUGUGGUCGAGGCUACUCGUAUUUUGCAUGACAGCAUGGAAAUCAAACUUUCCACGAAACAAUUGUGGCAUGAGCGCGAGCUGUUCAUGGCUCAAGAACGCGGCUGGGGCUCUCAAGAGGAAGCCGUGGACACCAAAUUAUACUAUUACGAUCAAGGCAGCUCCGCUGAAGCGCAAACUAUGUGCCGAGUCGAGGAUUUCUACGAGAAGUGCCUGCCAAGUUUCAGUUCUCUUGUUUAUGUCCUGUUGCAAACGGUCGAAACGAAUGUCCACAAUCGAGUCUAUUUCCGCGAAGAUCUAAUUGGCGAUGAUGCCGAGCUCAAAGCUUCCUCUCAGCUGGAAAUCACCCGAGCAAAAGAAGUUGCGUUGAAAUCCGCCACCUCGAUCCUAUUUUUGAUGACAAAAUGGUUCAAACUGAGUCAUAUUUUGAAAUUCGAGCAUCUCUGCGUUAUCCUUCACGACUACAAGCUCAUUGGCACUGCCACAAACCUGUUGAACAGCUUUGCGGACAGGUAUCCGGAGCGAGCGUUGGGAAAAGUCGUUCAGACAAAAAACACGUUCUGGAAGGUGUGCUCUACCUUUAACACACAGUACGCAGACGACUACCAAACCAACAGCACUGCAUGCAGUGACAAAAACGUCGACCUUCGUUUUCUGAACACUGAGGUCUGCGUUUUGACCCUGCUGAGCCAAGUUACCGGUAGCAAAACCCAGAGACUCAAAGAGCUACCGUUAUCGAUCGGGUCGCUACUCAAAAAACUAUACCAGCUCUUCAAUCUCGAGAUAUUCCAUCCCAUCCUAAAGAUUACCCACGAACUGACACCUUUCAAAAACAAAAAAUGGAAGGCAGAGCAUAUGGACCUCAUUUCCGGAGUGUACCUCUACAAGAAACUAAAACUCAACGACAACUGGGUCACAGGAAAGGACAUCGCAGGCGAGCUCAAUGAUGCGUGCGGCCAAGAAAUCGCCUUAAGGGCUCUACUUCAAUUUUACAAUUUCAUGCAUUACAAGCAAUCCGUCGAGCAUCUAGGUUAUUCUGACAAAAAAGAUUGUUCUUUCUUCAGCAAAGAGGCAGAAGCAUUGACAGCAGCUCGCUGA